UGCCGCAUCUAUCCGUUGUAUUGGUCGCUAUGGGUGGCCGGUCAUCUCGUGUUUCCCGCGACAAAGGUGGCGGGUACUCUCAACCGAAGCGCGCGCUCUCUCUCUCUCUCUCUCUCUCUCUCUCUCUCUCUUACGUUGGAGUCUGGUGAUCGUCCUCAAGUCGCGGGGGCACUCUGUUUCUUCUUCUUCUCCUCCUCCUCCUCCUGUCCUUUUUUGGUUGUUGUCCAAUGGCUGCUUCUGUACUCGCUUCCUAAUUCUUUCUUGAUCUCUCCUAAAUCUCCUUUUCCUUUCCGGUACUAGAAAACUGCGGCUCAACUAAGCUCCGUCGUCAUCAUCGUGUGGCGGUAGAUCCAUAUGUCGAAGGGAACGCUCAUCCUGGGAUGCGACAAAUAGGUUGAGGGAGAGACUGGUGGCCUCUGCUCUUUCUUCCAUAUUUUUGCGGCAUACAUUGAACCAUCUGAAAGAGUGCUUUCUGGGAAUCCAAUUGGAAGGCAGCGCAUGGCCGUGCUCGAGGGAGAGAAGCAGGGGGAAUCCCGGUGUAUAAUGGUGGGUCUUCAGAUGAACGCCAAGGGCAAGGAAUUGCUCGACUGGGCAAUCCACAAAGUCGCCGAGCAAGGAGACCGUGUCAUGGCCGUCCAUGUCUGCCGUGAUUCAGAUCUGAAGAAAACGACCACACUGUCUUUGGCAAGCACGUUGGAUGACCAUCUGGCAUCCUAUCAAGGCAUUUGCAGUCUCAAGCAGGUUGUUCUUGUGGGAAAGAUCGCUCGGGGAAGUUCUAUUAGGAGAGCGCUGGUGAAGGAGGCCAAGCAAUGUGCAGCCAUCAAAGUGGUGGUUGGAAUGAAGAAGAAGAGCUCAUUUUUUCGCUCAGCUCCACUUGCCAAGUAUUGUGCUAAGAAUCUCCCUCCGACCACUGCCUUGAUCGCCGUUCGAAAAGGAAAUGUCGUCUUCGAAAGAGGAGCUGCCAAGCCAUCUCCAGAAUUACAACGCCGUCAAAGUCUACGGAAUCUUCUGUAUCCAUCUGAAGCACUCGCGAUACGGAAGCAUGAGGAGAAGACUGUUGUAGAGGCCUCGAGAUCAUCUGACAGCAACCAUGUCAAAGGGGAAAAGGUGGAAGCGGUUCUGAGCUCUGUUACGGUGCUGAUGAGACAGCUGCCGGAGCCGGUGUUCGGGUGUCCUCUGCUGAAGAAGAAAGCAGCACUAAGAAGCAUCGAGGUGAAGCGGGCCAACCGUGCUUGGAGACUGUCGCUUGUCCGGCGGGUGAUGAACUUACCGGCUCGAACUCUGUCGUCGGCUCAACCAUUGUUGCUGCUAAUCGAGGAGUUGAACACGGUUCUCAGUGGCAGCAACUCGAGCUGCAGAUGGUUUCAGUAUGAGGAGCUCCAGAGUUCAACGAAUCGGUUCUCUUCAGAGAAUUUGAUUGGGAAUGGAGGAAGCAGCCGAGUGUACAGAGGCCGGCUUGGGAAUGGACAGCAGGUUGCUAUAAAGUUGUCAAAGCUAUCCGCAGAAGCAUCAAAAGAUUUCCUUUCGGAGGUCGAUAUCAUCACCAAGCUGAGGCACCUGCGCGUGGUUCCAUUACUGGGCAUCUGCGUUGGGGAGCACGCUCUCAUUUCUGUGUACAGAUACUUCCCCAAUGGAAGCUUGGAGCAAAAUCUACACGGUGACAAGGUGAAGCAUCUGCUCCCGUGGGACAGGAGAUUUAGAGUGGCGACGGAGAUUGCUGAGGCUCUCAGCUACCUUCACCAUGGCUGUCGUCGACCAGUGAUCCACAGAGACGUCAAGUCUUCCAACAUUCUUCUCAAUGACGAAUUUGAGCCUCAGUUAUCGGAUUUUGGGUUAGCUAUGUGGGCGCCGACAGCCGCGACCAACCUGACACAAAGUGAUGUUGUUGGGACCUUUGGAUACCUUGCACCCGAGUACCUCAUGUAUGGGAAGGUCAGCAACAAGAAUGACGUCUAUGCCUUCGGCGUGGUUCUAUUGGAGCUGUUAACAGGAAGAAAGCCGAUAGAUGAUGGGAAUCCUAAAGGCGAAGAAAGUUUGGUGAUGUGGGCGACGCGAAUUCUGGAGAGAGGGGAGCUCAUAGAUCUGCUGGAUCCCAAUCUCGGUACGAAUCAUGAUAAAGGUGAGAUGAGCAGAAUGAUAUUAGCUGCAUCUCUUUGUAUCACGAGGGUACCUCGUAUCCGACCUCAAAUCGACAAGAUUUGCAGCCUGUUGAAAGGGGAAGAGGACAUGGAGACAUGGAUAAGCAGCCAAGCGGAUGGGAUGUCGGAGGUGGUAGAUUGUCCAGACGACGAAGCCUAUCCGACUCCGAGCCUCGCAUUGCUUGACGUGGACGACGAUGCAUCCGUCGCCAGCGUCGAGCAGAGUCACUGUGGCUCCUGGGAGGCGUACCUGCGAAGUCGAUGGAGCCGUUCUUCGAGCUUUAAUUAGUUGCUAUAUACAAACAUAAAUCUAUUAUAUAUGUAUAUAUAUUGUGGAUUUGUGCGUGCGCAUCAGCAUGCCGGUGAAAGCAU